UCCUGAUCUGGAAAAGGUCUGUCGCUUUGCAGUGAUGUGCACUUUAAAACAACUGUUUGUGCAAUUAUCCGGAGAUAUUUUCUGCUAUGUGUUCGGUAGUCACAUAAAAUAGGAUAUGAGGGAACCCAUGUCGGAGUGGUCCAGUUGUACAAAACGUCACUUGAGGGGAGGCAACCAGUGGAAUCAAAACAUCAAUAUAUUACAUCUAUGCAGACCCAUGUCAAAACUUUACCUGUCAUCAGUGUUUAGGAUUUAUUUAGCCGAAUUCUUUAGUUCCAAUAACUUGAUAUCAAGGCCAUGGCCCCAAUGGGAGAGACAGAAACAUUUAGUCGAACUCGUCAUGUCAGUAAAGCCAGCCAGAAAAGCGGCGAUGAUUCGUCAUCGAGCUCUUCCUCUGAAUCCUCCGAUCUCCCGAUGCCCACCCCCCCUGAUGGUGGCUGGGGAUGGGUUAUUAUUGCCGCCUCUUUCAUCACCAAUGUAAUCACCGACGGUGUGGCAUUUUCUUUCGGCGUACUAUUUACGGAGCUCCACGAUCACUUCUAUGAAGACAGCCACAGUAAAAUCACCUGGAUUGGCUCAGUAUUCUGUGCAAUUCCUAUGUUAGCCGGUCCGAUAGCCGGUGCGUUGAUAAACAAAUACGGCUGCAGAUGGACGUGUAUUGCUGGUGGCAUUAUCUCCUGCGUUGGAUGUGUGUUGUGUGUGUUUGCCACCAGCAGUGAAAUUCUAUGUUUGACCUUCGGCGUUAUCUCGGGUGUGGGUCUGUCCCUGGUGUAUACACCAGGGGUUAUAAUCGUGGCAUUUUACUUUGAAAAACGUCGAGCCCUUGCCACUGGUAUAUCAGUGUCUGGAAGUGGCAUCGGUACAUUCGCGAUGGCUCCACUGAUGGAGUACCUUAUACAGACUUACGGCUGGCGAGGAACCUUUCUCCUCAUCGGUGGAUUCUUUCUCAACCUUGUGGUUUGUGGUGCACUUUUUAGGCCAUUGGAAACGUCGGGUCAAAGAAAACGACGCAAAUUCCUCCAUUCGUUGGAACGCCUGUCGCGAACGUCUAGGAAUAAUUCUCAACUGAAUUUCAGUGAGCACGUGGAUGCGGUGAAUGAAAUAGAGAUGCAGUUAAAUGGAAGACGUGGAAGUGUAGCUGUCAAUAAAAUAAAGCAGCAUCUUUCUGAACCUGUUACUCAUUCUUUAGUUCAGUUGCCGACCUAUUUUUAUAAAGAUGGUGAUGAUUUUGCUCCACAUGGGUCAAAAUCUGAGGCUCAUGUGUCGGAUAAGGUAAAAGUCUUAUUUACCAAUUCUCGUGAUUGUGAAAGUAUAACGGGGAACCGACUGGAGGUUCCCUUCCUUCAGGCCAAGAGUGCAACUGAAAAUAGGACUAACGGUCAUUUGUCGAGUGUUGUUGAUAAUACAGAAAAUCGUGAUGAGUGUAGCAAUGGUGACAUUCGAAAGCAUUCUACAUGUACGGACAAUAACGUGAGUGAUACGCAUACCAAUGUGAUCUGUACUUUUCAGGACGACGAGACGUCAAAAUCACGCUUUGAUAAAAGUCAUUCGCGACUGAAUAAAAGUCAGAGUCUGAAAGAUGUCCAGAUCACAUUCUCCGACAACCCUCCACAAACUAAUAGCAUUAUCCAUGGUGUUGCCUCGCAGCCACAAACUUGGGAAAAAACUCGUGCCACCCUACCAAGACAACCGCAGCAGAAGGCCUCAAAUCAAGAUCGCUUUCUACCGAUGUAUAGACGUGAUAUCUUCUAUCGCGGAAGUUUGAUACGAUUAGACGAGUUUAUUCAGAAUAAAUCAAGUAGUUGUCCACAGUUGUAUAAAGCGAGUGAUGCCACGAGUGAUGAUGAUGAAUCUGAUGACAGGAUGUUUAUGUGUUGCCAAUGGAAACAUGCGAAACGUGUCGUGAAGGAGAUGCUCGACGUUUCCAUCUUCAGGAGUGUUAAAUACGUUCUGUUCUUUCUAUCUAACGUCAUCCUCUACGCGUGGUACGACAUCCCGUAUUUCUAUGUGCCGGAUUACGGCGCUCACAUUGGCUUGACUCACAUGCAGACAUCAAUGGUUGUAUCUGUGAUCGGAAUUGCGAACAUGUUUGGCCUGAUAUUCUUUGGUUUAAUUGCGGAUUCGCCGAAAGUGAGUUCGUCACUUGUGUAUGGCCUUUCUAUGGUUAUUUGUGGUAUUGCUAUUUUCUUUUACCCACUCUGUACGACUUUUGUCACGAUUUGUAUGAGUAGUGCAGUGUAUGGAUUCUUCAUCGGGGCGAACUUUUCUCUCGCUUCGAUUAUUAUUGUGGAGAUGCUCUCGCUCGAAAAGCUCACCAAUGCCUACGGAAUCCUGAUGUGUGGCCAGGGAGUGGCGAACCUUGUUGGACCACCAAUUGCAGGCUUACUCUACGAUCUGACGCAGUCCUAUUUGACCACCUUCCUCUGCGCCGCGGGCUUCAUCAUCCUGUCCGGCGUUCUAUUGUUCAUCGUCGCGGCCAUCCAAUUCAGAAGCAACAGGAGGCUGCAGCGACGUCGCCGGGAGAACUGUGCCUUGGGGGAAGAUGCUGGUCGUAGGAGUCUAAUGGACGACACCCCCGCUUUAGAACAGUCUGCUGCAACCCCACAAACAGAACUCUAGAGGCCUGUUGAAAGUACAUUCUGUUAUAUUUUAAAGGGAUACGACGUUCAUAAUUGCUUGUGGUCCAAGAAAAUAGAAAUGCAGUUAUACACAAUGCAGUUGUGCAGUUAUUUUGCAUACGAAUCUGCUGAACCUUGCUAUUGAUACAUUUAUCAGUUUACCCAACAGAAUUAUUGAAAUUCAUAUGCAGUAUGUAUCAACACACUUCGAAAGUUCCUAAUUCAAUUAUCAAUUUUGAAUAUUUUUAUCUAACGGUGCAGGCUGUAUCCCUUAAAAGGGUUGUAUAUAAUCUUUAAACGUCUUUAAUCCUCAUCCAAGUGUAAUAAGAAUGUGAGAUUGGCAUAUUCAGCUGACCCCAUGCUUUGUAAGUUCUUAUGUAGUGACAGGUGAAAUCUUAUGCAACUUUGACAUCAAGAUGAUAUCUGACACUCAAAUGAACACUUUUAGGGAAACAUCAUGCAUGAUGACUUGUUACAUUUUGUAUACGUAAAUGUAGUCAUCAUUUCAAAAAUUGCAUUUCUGCAUCUUGAAACAGCUAUUAUAAAACAAGGUAAUAAGAUUUAAGAAGACAAAUUUGUGUUACUUAUUGUGGUCUUUCUCAUCCAUGUAGUAUUAUAGUUCACACAAAAACAGCUAAGGAGUUGUUUUACAGGUAGUGAUGGCAGUGAUUUUGAUUGAAUGCAUGCUUUAUGCAUGGUAGAGUAAGAAGUAUUUUGAUUGAAUGCAUGCUUAAUGCAUGGUAGAGUAAGAAAUAUUUUGAUUGAAUGCAAGCUUAAUGCAUGGUAGAGUAAGAAAUAUUUUGACUUAAAGGGAAUAUGUAGUCACUAAGUCAAGCGAGUGCACUUCAGACAAGCCUAAGAAAAAACUCAAAAUCAUGGCUGCAUCUUGUGACAAACCAUGCUAAACUGUUGAAUAUGGAUUUCUAUUGACAAAAGGUCAAGAUGCAUGCAACAGGGUCCAAUUUGAGCGUCACCCUUAGGGCUCGCUAAUUAAUAUCCCGUUUAAGAGCAGGAAAUUGUAUGACUCCAUAUCCCCUCUAACUUGUCAUUGUAAUUGUUGAGAGAAAUAAGGAGAACUCUUAACCAAAACAGUAUUAACCGAAUAUUGUGUGUAUUCCAUGGCUUGCAGAGAAGAUUGUCUUGUUCAUCUUGUAGAAUCUAAAAGUCCGAAAAGUUGUGGGGAUAUUUUCCACAUUAUAAUAAUAAGACUUUGUGGUGUAAUCAUUUCAUGAGAUAAUUCAAUUUCAGCAUUUCAUUCCAUUCCAUUUCAUCAACUGUGAUAAAAACUUUCUUGAAAGCUAUGAUAUUUUUACUAGUAUACUAUGAGUGGAAAAUUCUUUCCGCAUCUUUUUUUGGUGUCAAAUGUUGUGUUAUGAGCCAGAGAUGAUUUCUAAUUUUUGUAACUGAAUGUGGUAAGCUUAUAUUGUGUGAAAGCACUGACAUUAUGUUGAGUCGCGCUUACUGUGCGACUCAUGCCGGGAGGUCCGCACUCGCAGGGCGAUUGGAUCUCCAAGCUUCUCUGUGGCGGGGCCAAAACUUUGGAACCAAUUACCAGAUGUUUUAAAAUCCAUAGCUAACAUCAAAACUUUUAAGUCGCACUUAAAAACAUAUCUUUUUAGGAAGCACUUUUUCGGUGACAAUGCACUCUAGAAUGUUUUAUAGUCAUCUUGUGUCUAAUUGUCUUACCUAAUGUCUUAUAGCCUCAGUUUUAUCUAUUAUUGUUUUACAGCAAAAUUAUUGUAUGCAAUGAUUUUUUUUUUUUUUUAAAUUAAAUGUAAAGCGCCUUGAAGUGUUUUACAAAAGGCGCUAUAUAAAUUGUUUUAAAGGGAACUGAAACCGCCAAGCCAGUUCGUAUGACCUCGUUUUCAUUUCGCGCCUAUCGGGUGAUCAGAACGAGGCAUGAAUGAAACAUGGCGCCUAGCUGUCAAUCAUUGAGUGACGUCACUACUAUGGAAUUUACUACGAAAACUAAUGAAUGAAAGCUCGCAUGACUCACGUGAUUCUCACAUGAUUCUCAAUAAUAACAAAUUGAACUGCGCUUGCUUGGGCACUGGGGGCGGAGCUACAAAUCUGAACUCGAAUAGGAAGUUGGAAGUUUGACUUUCUCGGGCGGUGAAAGUCGAAAAGUUGAAUAAAUCGCUCGGCGGUUCCAGUUCCCUUUAAUAAUAAAAAUAAUAAUAAUAAUAAUACUAAUAAUAAUAAUAAUAAUAAUACUGUGACAACAGACAAGAGGGAAGUGCCAAUAAUCUGUUGCAUCCUCAGGAAAGAAAUCAGGGAUUUAUGUUUGCUUCUCUGGCCCUGCGCACAACCCCCUGAGACAUUUCCCCUCAGCGGCUGAAGUGCAGACCUACAUCACCUUUAUGUCAGCAUCCCGAGAUUAUAACUACCUACCACCUUGGAGAGGACAGUGCUUUCUUUUCCGUUGGCAAGAUAUAACAACUGAUGAAAAUGUAAGUUUGUAUAUAAUUGGUCAAGCGUUGAUUAAAUUCCGAAAAUCAAAUACUGGUGACGUUCUAAUUGGGCGCAACUGCUUUUGCACUAGAACUUUAGCCAAUGAGCUAUAAUGUUCCAAGGGGUUUGUGUGCAAGGCCAGAGAGGCGUGCAUUAACCCUUGAUUUCCUCAGGAUGAAUCCCUCGUGACUAAAGAAACAAACCCAAGGAAAUCACUUCGCAAUCGCACCUCUACCGAAUGUUAUUUUUAUGCAAUGUGUUAUGUCAUGCGUUAUUUGUAGACUGGAGUAUGGUACCAUAUUGGGUAAUGUACUUAUGAAUUUGAGUUAAUGAUAUGUUUUAGUGUUACUUCAGUUAUUAAUUCGGAAGAGUUAAUGGUCAGUGGGUUCAGUUUUGUGAAUGAAUGAGUGAUAGUCUGACCUUGGCCACAUUGGUAUGACUUAGUAAUUUGAGAAACAAUGGAUGACCAGCACGGCCAAACAUUGACCGGUGAUCAAUCCAGCUUGUUUGAGCUAAUCUAUUGUGUAAAUUGUGAUAUAUGGUACAUUGAUAGUAAGUCUGGUUGGCUUGAAAUGUAUGACUAUAAGAUGAGUAAGGGGGUCACGUUUUUCGGCACCGUAACCUGAAAGUAACGAAGGGGUCAAGGAAACUAUUGGGCAACAAAGUCCACCUGAGUCAUGAAAAUGGGUAUAUAAACCCUAGGUCAUGUAGGUUUUGGGGACUCAGGGAGAUAGAUUAGAAUUGCCAGAGCCAGAACUAAUCCGUAA